UUUAAUAAACAAAUUUUUAGUUUUAUGUUUGUGUUUUAUCAUCUACAAUAAGUGGCAAAGUAUAAUAUAAAUAAUAAUUUAAUUUCUUAUUAAAAAAAUUGAAGUAGUAUUUAAUAUCUUUUAUUACAUUAUUAAAUAGUACAUAUAGGAAUUAAAAUGUUAACCACUAUAUCAAAAAUAUUUGGUUAUAAUAAUUAUACAAAUUGGAACAUACUUUCCAAUAAAUUUCAUACAUCUUACAUAAAGUUAUUACAGCAAAAUUGGAGAAUGAAAAAGGGAUUAACAGAAAAUCCAAAUGCUUUCGGACCUUUGACAAAUAUGGCAGAUUAUUCAUAUAAAGAUGGAAGACCUACCCCACUUUGUAUAAACCAAAAGAGGCGUAUGCUUAAACAACAAGAAUAUGCUAAAAGAAUUCAUAAAUUAGUUAAAGAAAUAGAUUAUGCGGUUGAAAGAGAUAUAAAAUUACAGGAAAUGAAAGCACAAGAACAACAACGUAUUCUUGAUAGCAAAUUGAAACCAAAAGGAGAUCUUUUAUUAAAGACAAAAAAACCUACUACAUAAGAUAGAUUUAAAAGAAAAAUUUGUAGAUAUAAUAUCCCAUUAAUGUUUCACAUUGUAUAUAUAUGUGUGUUAUAAAUAUAUUUAUUUAACAUA